UAUAAGAAGGGUGAGUGCUGCUGCUCUGGGUUGCUUGCUCUUCAUUAUCAACAUCUACAUCUACAACAUCUCUACACUACAAACCAAACCUACUUACUUCUUUUUCCCUUUCACAACACAAACUUCACAAUGGAUUUCGUCAAGAACGCUAUGGGCGGUGGUAACAAGGACGGUGCUACCAACAGCAACGCCGGCGGCGCCCAGAAGGAAGACUACGUCGACAAGGCCUUCUCUGCCCUCAACGACAAGGCUGGCACCAACGUCUCCCGCGACAACCAGGAGAAGAUCACCGACUUUGGCCGCAACGCCUACGAGAAGAAGACUGGCAGCAAGGUUGACCCCAAGUACUCCAACUAAAGAGAGGAACAAUUUAAUGAGAUGGAUGGAUGGGAUGCUCUCAAAGCGAUAAAGAGCUAGUAUGAAUUAAUAUGACAUAAUUAUUGAUCCACA